CAGAGAGAGUUGGUGGAUUUAACCACAACUGUUGAGACUUUCUUUGACAAAGCCCAGAGCCUAGGACAAAAUGGCUUCAGGUAUCCAAAUGAUUUGUUGCAUUGGACUUGCUGUUGUACUAUCAGGCGUGGGAAAGUCUGCCUUAAUGGGUAAGAGCCACAGCAAAGGGAAGGACGAUCCUGUGCUGCAGUAUGUUGUCAACAACUCGGUGAGGGAGCACCCAGUCCUCACCAAACUCAGACUGAGGACCCUUGAAGACCCCUGGAGCGUCAUGAUGGUUCCCAGUGAACAGGCCCAGUUUAUGGCAAAUCUCAUCAAACUGAUAAAUGCAACUAAAGCCAUUGAAAUUGGGAUGUACACGGGGUACAAUACACUGAGCAUGGCUUUGGCCAUGCCAGAGAAUGGACAUGUGGUAGCGUGUGAAAUAGAAGAGACUUACAUCGACAUCGCCAAACCGUUUUUUAAAGAGGCUGGAGUUGAAAACAAGAUAGAUGUGCAUCAUCAAAUAGCCAUGAAGACACUGAGUGAGUUGAUAGCGGCCGGGGAAACUGGAACAUAUGACUUUGUGUUCAUCGAUGCUGAUAAAUUCAACUAUGACAGAUACUAUGAGACGUCCCUGCAGCUCAUACGACCUGGGGGCAUCAUUGCGAUUGACAAUGUGCUGUGGAGCGGAAAGGUUGUGAAUCCUCUUCCUGGUGACCUCAACUCCCAGACUCUGGAUCACCUCAAUAAGAAGCUACACAAGGACGAGAGGAUCGAUCUGAGCAUGCUCACUAUAGGUGACGGGCUGUCCAUUGUCAUUAAACGCUAAAAACGCCAGUUAAAAAGCUACACUUUGUCUUAAUGGUGCUUUAGUUUGGAUAAUAAAUAUAAAUGCUGAGUAAA